AUUAUCUAUAUCUUGCCCAAGGGAUAGGUGCUUAGCUAAAUAAUUUUCCUUACUACGCUAAUAAAAAUAUAUUUUUUUGUUGCCUUGUAUGUAAAGCUGGCGAAUAAGUCGGUGUCAAUAUAUAGGGUUUAACGCCAUCGCUUCUGAAGGGUAGGCUUGACAAGCAUUUUUUCCUUCUGAGUGGUACCGGUGGACUAUAUUAUUGAUAUCUUUUUUCUUCCCUGAGUCGAGGAUUUGGAUUACAUUCCUCCUCUAGCUUUCUCAAAAUUUCGGAGUAUUAUAAUAUUCGAAUGGGAAAAAGAGAGCGUGAAAGAAGCUCGAGUAUUGCUUCUUCCUUGUCUUCUUCAUCCUCAACAGGGAAAACUCGUAAGAAAAACAAGAAGAGUAAAGUUGUCUCAAAGGAAAAGAAUUUUGAACUGCUUACCCAGCAUGCAAAGCAUGCGCGGGAUGAACGGGAGAGGAAAAUUGAGGAGUAUCUUCAGCUGAAGAAACGCAAGUCCGCCUUAGGUGAGGACACCAAUAGUGAGAGCGGCACCGACAGCUUGGAGGGGCUUUUACCCCACCUAACGCCGAACCAGGCCAAGGACGAGGACCUCCUUUCCUCGGAUGCUUCUCUUCUUUCCAGCUUCUCAAGCACGAAGGGCGAUGACACUGAGGAGGAGGAGGAGGAGGAGGAGGAUAUUCAGGAUAGGCUUCUGGAGCAUGCGAAGGCCACCUCUCUGGCUCUCAAGGCGUCUGCCAUGCCCGAGCUGAGUGUGGGGCCCACCUCACGGGAUGCCUCCUUUGCGGAGACGCCCGCCGCGCGGCUGCGAAGCGCCCAGUCCGACCCCGUUGCAAGCACCUUCCAGCAGCUCGCGGUUGCCCUGCGAAAACCCGUCCGACCGCCGAUGUCGACCGCCCUCACGGUGGUCAACGCCGCGGAGGAGUCCGAGCGGGUCCUCUCCGCGGUUCUCCAGGCGAAACUCCCCCCCCUCCCGGCCUCGGAAGGGAAGAAACUACGUCGACUUCGCUAUAUUGACCACCGCACGGUCGCGUAUCGCGCGAUUCGAAAGGACUUCUACGUCGUCUCGCCGGAGGUCCGGGCGCUCUCGGAGGAGGCGCGGAAAGGGCUCUUGCGGGAGUUGGAUGGGGCGAAACUACGCGGCCGCGAUCCGCCGCCGCCGCUUUUACGAUGGGACGCCACGGGGCUGCCGGAUCGGCUGCUGGAGGUGCUUCAGCGGCGGGGGUUUGACGCCCCGUUCGCGGUGCAAUCGGUGGGCCUGCCGUGUUUGAUGGCCGGGCGGGAUCUCCUCGUGACGGCGAAAACCGGUUCGGGCAAAACCCUCGCCUACGCGUUACCCCUGGUCCGCCAUUGUGUGGAUCAAGGGCGAUGCGGGAAAGGGGAAGGGCCGGUCGGGCUGAUUCUCGUCCCGACCCAGGAGCUCGCGGGGCAGGUGGAUGGGCUGGUGCGGGAGUUGUGUGAGGCGGUGGGGUUACGAGCGGUCGCGUCGUAUGGGUCGACCCCGCUGGCGGAGAACAUCCGCGCGGCAAAGGCGGGGUGUGAGGUGAUGACAUGCACCCCUGGGCGGCUGCUCGACUUGCUCACGGUGAAUAAUGGGAAUAGCGUGACUCUUCGCCGCGUCUCGUUCGUCGUCGUGGAUGAGGCGGAUCGGCUUUUUGAUAGCGGGUUUAUGGAGCACGUGGAGGCGUUUUUGAAAAAUAUCCGCCCGGACGCGCAGGUCGCGAUGAUCAGUGCGACGAUGCCGAGACCCCUCAAGAAGAUCGUGACGGAGUUUAUGCACGAUCCGAUUGAGAUCACCGUCGGGGGCCGACCAACCCCCGCCUCGAAUGUUGAGCAGCGCUUCUAUUUUUUCAAGGAGGAGGUGUAUGAAUUUGACGUGGAGAAGCGGAAGGAGAGUGAACGCUUUGUAAAGCUCAUGCAAAUCUUGGGUGAGGAAUGCGACGCCGAGAAUCAGCGCUUGAUCCUAAUUUUCGUUCAGCGACGAGAAGAGGUGGAUGAGAUCAUGGCGAAACUCAGUUCACUUGGUUACCGUGGGCGAGUCGCGACGUUGUACAGUGGUAUGGAUCCUAUUGAUCGAGAAUUUGCUUUAGAGCACUUCACUCCAGGAAAGCAGUUUAUUUUGGUGGCAACAGCUGUUGCGGAGCGCGGCUUAGACAUUCCUUUCCUGGAUCUGGUGAUCAACUACACCUUGCCUAACCACUACGAGGCUUAUGUCCAUCGCAUUGGUCGAACGGGGCGCGCGGGGCGCAAGGGCCACGCGAUUAGUUUUUUUGUCCACGGUAAGGACGACGACAUCGCCCUGGAGCUGGUGGAUGGCCUUGUGCGAGCGGAGCAGCAUGUACCAGAGGAGCUUUUUGAGUGCGCAACGAAGAUGCGCGAGUUGCGGCGUGAUGGAAAGGCAAAUUCUCAGGCAAGCUUUUACCGUGGGUAUCUGAAGGCUAAAAAGCAGCUCUUUAUGGACAUCAACAAGAAGGAGCAAGUCCGUGAGGCCGCUAAAGCUGCUGGCUUAGAUGGGUAUCUUUCGUCAGAAGAAGGGAUCGACUCCGAUGUGGAGAGCAAUGCUGGUGGGGAAUCUGAUAUCGUGCCCGUAUCCGCAUCCACAGCAGCAUCCAAUGCUGGUGACGCUAUGUCGACCGCGCUUACACUUCGUAAAGCUGAUGUAAACGGUGCCCUUGUUCUUUCCUCACAACAAGAGGACCGUAUCGCUAAGGCACUUGCUUUUGCCAAAAAGACGACCGAGGCGGAAACGAGUGAAAAUGGUGACGAUAUUCGCUUCCAAGUGGAGUACCCAAUCAACGAUUUAUCAAACGUGGUUCGGGGUAAGUUGCAGAGCGCGGCAUUUUUGCGAUCGGUCAUGGAGGAGACGAACACCUCUAUUGUCAAGAAAGGUGUGUACUACGAUCCGAAAUACAAAUACUCACAAAAACUCAAGGAAACUGAAAGACCGCUGUACUUUCUAAUAAUCGGGAAAACAACAGAGGCUGUUCAGAGCGCGCGUCUCAAGCUCAAUGAAAUGAGGGAUAAAACGAUAAGCCAGCAACGGGCCAAAGCUUCCUCCACAGGGGCUGUGCUGUGA